GUGAGGCCCAGGCGGCUCAGGCCCCACUGGGUGGGGGGCGUGGGGCGGGCCGGGACCUGGGGGAGGGGCGGGGUGGGGGCCGAGGAGGCAUGAAAUUGCUGCAGAUGCUUCUACGGCGGAGCCCCCGCUGCCCGCAGCCUGCGAUCAGCCCGCCAGGCAGGCCUCGGCUUGAGUGCCAGGCAGGGGUCCUGCCUGUCGUGCGUGAGACCUGUGGGUGGAGCGUGGAGGACCGAGGAGGGGGGUGGGGGGCGGCCACUAGCAGGGCUUGGGGGCGGGGGUGGGAGGAGGAGGGCACCGCCAGGCAACCAGGGGGCUUGGCCUUGCCUUAAAGUGGAGCGGCUGCCUCCGCUCAGAAAAUGAGAACCUUGCUGGCAAGUCGGGCCCUGCAGGCAGCGUAGUGUGUGGGGAGACCCGCACCACUGCUGGUGGGGUCCCGCCCCAGCAAUGCCGCUCGGUAGGCCCGGGAGGCCUUGGGCAAGUCUCCUGACCUGUCUGAGCCUCACCUGCAGCAGGUCGGCUCUGCGCUCUUCCCUGGAGCUGCCAGCUGCCUGGAGAACCCAGCCUCUUCAUGGAAAGCCCGGUGCAGUGGCCCCCUGGUGAUGGCAUCCGACAGUGACGUGAAGAUGCUGCUAAACUUCGUGAACCUGGCGUCCAGCGACAUCAAGGCGGCCCUGGACAAGUCUGCGCCCUGCCGCCGCUCUGUGGACCACCGCAAGUACCUGCAGAAGCAGCUCAAACGCUUCUCCCAGAAGUAUUCCCGGCUCCCGCGGGGCCUCCCUGGCAGAGGGGCUGAGCCUCACCUGAAAAGGGGGCCCGAGGACCGGCCCGGGAGGCUGCUGCCCCUCGAAUCUGGCCACGGUUCCAGCCCCGGCGGGGGUGGGGGCUGCAAGGAGAAGGCGUUGGGGAACCCGGACCGGGAGGAAAGCCUCUCUAAGGAGCGGACCCUCCAUGGGCCGGAUCCAGGAGCUGCCAGGCCUGGCCAGGUGCCCAUGAGGAAAAGACAGCUGCCUGCUUCCUUCUGGGAAGAGCCACGGCCCACCCACAGCUACCCUGUGGGGCUGGAGGGGGGCCUGGGACCCCGGGAGGGACCUCCCUACGAGGGUAAGAAACACUGUAAAGGCUUGGAGCCCCUGGGGCCUGAGACCGCCCCGGUGCCUGCCUCCCCUAGGGCACCGGCUGAGAAGGAGCCGCUCAAGAUGCCCGGGGUCUCCCUGGUGGGCCGCGUCAGUGCCUGGAGCUGCUGCCCCUUCCAGUACCAUGGACAGCCCGUCUACCCAAGCCCUCCCGGCGCCCUGCCCCAGAGCCCGAUGCCCAGCCUGGGCCUCUGGCGGAAAAGCGCGGCUUCCCCCGGCGAGCUGGCCCACUUCUGCAAGGACGCGGAGGGCCCGGGGCAGAAAGUGUACAGACCUGUGGUUCUGAAACCCAUCCCCACCAAGCCGGCUGUGCCCCCACCCAUCUUCAACGUCUUCGGCUACCUCUAGCCGGGUGGGGAGGGCCUCGGCCCCUCCUCUGGCCUGCAGGGUAUCGGGGACCCCCAGAAGCGAGCUCUUCUGGUGAGGAGUGGGCUGGGCGAGAACCAUCCCUUUGCAUCGGGGGGGAGGAGGGCAGGGCAGGAUAGGGCAGGGGCUUCUUCUCGGGCAGCUGUCCAGCCAGCCCACACAGCCUCCGGAGGCCAGCCCCUCUGCAAGCAGGCCAGAGCCCGACAGAUCACCUGUGUGCCCGUGCAGACCUCAGGUGGCAGGGGCCCUUGCCCUGGCCCUCCGGCCACCCCAGAAGCCAGCGUUAUACCACCUGCUCACCUGCCACCCACUGUGUAAGCCAGUCUCAAGUCUUGUUCUUCUUGUUCUUUGUAAAUACUAAGAAGGUUAAGAGAAUAAAGACAUUUCUUUUGCAGUUU